UAAUUACUAGCCAGACACCAGAAAGUAUAAAAGAGCUAUAUGGGCGAGAUUAAGUAACUUAGGGCUGCACUAAGUUGAUCGUGUGCAAACUAGAAGGAUUUUCUUUUUUCCGACUCCGACGAGGUGUAAAGUGUACCUUAACUUCCGACAAAUUUCUCGGAAAAAAACAGAUCACAAACUUUUGCGCACUAUCAAUAAAUAUGGUGAAACUGAGCGGUCAGGUUCAUAUUCAUGUGACACACGCAAGCCGUGACCUUGGUUAUUGCGCUUACUUUGGCUAAACUAAACCUGCUUACCCCUCAAAAACUGAAUUGAAAACCACCAUAUAUAGUGAGGUGUUAUUAAAAGAUUUAAAAAAAUGUUUUGGUUUAAGAAGUACAAGUUGCUACUUUGGAAGAAUUUUACUUUGCAAAGGCGAAGACCCAUAUCAAGUAUAUUCGAAAUUAUGAUGCCUAUACUCUUUGUUUUCAUUCUUCUUAUUCUUCGAAUCACAGAUAUAAAGUCACAAAAGAAACCUGUAAUCAAUUGGAAGGGAUUACCACUAGACAAUACUCCACCCUUCACAAACUCGCCAAAGAGAAAAUGGAAGAUUGCAUAUACAAAAAACUCUUCCUACUUUGAGCUUAUGAGUUAUGUUCCAGAUUUUUUGCAUGUGGACAUUCAAUCCUUUGAAAAUGAAUCGAUUCUUGUAGAUACACUGGUGACAGAUGAGGAGAAUUCGAAUCAGUCAUAUUUGUGUGGGGUUUUGUUUGAUUCAGAUAUCAAAGAUUCUGAAAUCACAUACCGCCUAAGAUUUCCAUCCACACCUAGGACCCUCAAUGGGAAGGAAAGUCAUAGUUCCUUUAGCUUUAUACCAAAAAAAUGGUACACACAGUUUGUUUUCCCCCUUACCUUCGAAGGAAUGGGGCCGAGAAAUAGAUAUUCAGAUUCAGGUGGACCUCCUCCAUACUAUAACAAUAGUUUUUUGUCAAUACAAAGAGCAGUGGAUUUUGCUAUAGUACGUCACCAUAACAAAUCUUUUAAGGCCUCUGAUAUUGGGAUCACAAUGAGACGAUUCCCGUAUCCAUCCAGAAUUAAAGAUCCAUUUAUUGUAGUUAUACAAAAUAGUUUACCGUGGCUUAUUAUGUUAUCUCUGGUUUAUACAUCGUUGGUCAUAGUGAGAGAUAUUGUUUAUGAAAAGCAGAAGAAACUAAAGGAAUCGAUGAAAAUGAUGGGCCUAAGUGGUUGGCUUCAUUGGGCAGCAUGUUUUACGAAAUGCUUUGUAUUUUUGUUAAUCCCAAUGUCUGUUAUCACGAUAAUGAUGUGUGUAAAGUUUGGUGGUUAUGGUAAAAUGUUGUUACAAUCUGAUGGCUUGCUUAUAUUCGUGUUUUUUCUGAUGUAUUCAAUCACAAGUAUAAUGUUCUGCUUCUUUGUUUCAACGCUGUUCUAUAAAGCAAAUUUAGCUGCUGCAGGUGGUGGAAUAUUAUGGUUUUUAUUGUACACUCCAUAUUUUUUCUUGACAAAUUACUAUGACCGAAUGUCAACUAUGUCGAAGACUCUAGCAUGUCUUGAUUUUCAAAUAGCGAUGUCUUUUGGUUCUAAUCUGAUUGGAAGAUUUGAGGGGGAAGGAAGUGGAGUGCAGUGGUCGAACAUAAACAAGGGCGUAACAGUGGAUCAAAGUUUCACAUUUGGUCAUGUUUUAUUUAUGUUUUUUAUUGACUCUCUAAUUUAUGGCUUGUUGGCAUGGUAUAUUGAAGGGAUAUUUCCUGGAGAAUAUGGCAUCCCCAAGAAGUGGUAUUUUCCAUUUUCAAGGAAGUAUUGGUGUAACAUUCAAGAAACAGAUGAAGAGGUUAUCCCAUUAGUAAAUAAUGAUUUUGGAGAUGACAACGAAAGAGAAAUUCACUAUAUUGAUUCAACUUUGAUUGAAAAAGAGCCGGAAGGACUGAAGGCUGGAAUUCGAAUAAAUAACUUGUCAAAGAGAUUUAAAGUUAACUCAGAGACCAAAGUUGCUGUAGAUAGUCUCAAUUUAAAUUUGUAUGAAGGAGAAAUCACAGCACUUCUUGGUCAUAAUGGAGCAGGAAAAACAACAACAAUAUCCAUGUUGACUGGUUUAAUUCCACCAACAUCAGGAAAUGCAAUAAUAAAUGGAUAUGAUGUUUUAAAUAAUAUGGCUGGAAUUCGACAAAGUUUAGGAAUAUGUCCACAGCACAAUGUCUUAUUUGAUAAUUUGACAGUAGAGGAGCACCUGAUAUUUUUUACCAGCUUAAAAGGAAUUGAUGAUAGGAGAAAGAUACACGAAGAAGUUGACCGAAUGAUUGACUCUAUUGGCCUCCUUGAUAAAAGACACGUUCGCAGCAAAAUGCUGUCUGGAGGUAUGAAAAGAAAGUUAUCGGUUGGAAUUGCUUUGGUGGGUAACUCAAAGGUUGUUAUGCUUGACGAGCCUACAAGUGGUAUGGAUGUUUCUGCUAGGAGAUUUACUUGGGACUUACUGCAACGAGAAAGGCAUGGACGAACAAUACUGUUGACAACGCAUUUCAUGGAUGAAGCUGAUGUGUUGGGGGACAGAAUUGCUAUUAUGGCAAAUGGUAAAAUAAAGUGUUGCGGUUCGUCGCUAUUUUUGAAAAACAAAUAUGGCUGUGGAUACCAUAUGGUGAUGGUAAAAAAACAGAAUUGCGAUGUGAAUGUUAUCACAGAUCUCGUCAAAUAUUAUGUCCCAUCUGCGAUAGUUGAGAGCAAUGUAGGUUUGGAGUUAUCUAUUAUAUUACCAAGUGACUUUUCACACCAAUUUGAAAAACUUUUUACUGAAAUUGAAAGCAGGCAAGAGGAACUUGGCAUAUCCGGUUACGGUGCAUCUGUCACAACAUUGGAAGAAGUGUUCAUUAAAGUAGGAGAGGAAUCUGAACAUGAAGAGAACACGCAUAAGGAGUUGUUUCGACAACUGAGUGGACAAAAGGAGACAUCAAGAUUUGUUCCUGGUGAGCAUGCUGAAUCUCCAUUGCCUAAACCGUCAUCUCGGACUUUUGAUAAUGACGAUGAAUUGGUAAUCGAUACGUACAUGAAGAAUGCUGGGUACCGCUUGAAAUUUCAACGCUGGUAUGCAAUGUUUGUCAAAAAGAUGUUGCACUCAAAACGACACAAAGCUUCAAUCAUAUCACAACUAAUGAUGCCAUGUUUGUUUGUUCUUAUCGCACUUAUUGUUGUUAAGACGAUGCCAAAAGAAUCGGAGUCUCCAGCUUUGACACUUGAUGUUAAUAUGUUUGGUGAAAACUACGUUGCAUAUAAUGGGAAAGGGAGUUCAAUCUUAUUGAAAAAUUUGAUGGUGGCAAUACCAGAUGUUUUAAAAAGUACUGACUCACAUUCUGUCCAUGUGGAUGACACGAAGCAUUUGCAAGAUUAUUUACUAGAACAGGCAAGCAAAGAUUUGGCAGUGUUUAAUCUAAACCAUCCUAUAGCGAUACAGCUAAAUAGCAAUGAUAAGAGGAAUGGUAAGGAAAACGUAUCUAUAACAGCUUGGUUUAACAACGAAGCUUACCAUACACCUGCUGUUGCUGUCAAUACCAUAACAAAUGCUAUCCUGCACGCUUACACGAACAAUUCAGCACUCAAAAUUGUGGCUGUUAACGAUCCAUUACCGACCACAACGAAAGAAGGGUUGAACGAUUUAAGCAUAAAUCCAAAUGGCUUUCAGAUUGGUUUCAGUUUGUGUUUUGGCAUGUCCUUCCUAGCUUCAAGUUUCGUUUUGUUUUUGGUUCAAGAGCGAUCCACGAAAGCCAAACACGUUCAGUUUGUUAGUGGUGUUGAUCCUAUUAGUUAUUGGACGUCUACAUUCACAUGGGAUCUGAUUAACUUUGUUUUCCCCACAGUUCUUGUUAUGGUUUUGUACUUAGUGUUUCAAGAAGACGCAUAUUCAGGAACACGCCUUGGAUAUGUCUUCAUACUUAUGAUGUUAUAUGGGUGGGCAAUCAUACCAUUCAUGUACAUGUUUUCAUUUGCGUUCGAAGUGCCCUCGACUGCGUUCACUCGGAUGACCAUCUUGAAUGUUAUCACCGGGUUAGCAACCAUGCUAGUCGUUUUUAUACUUAGUAUUCCGUCGCUGAAUUUACUUGAUGUUGCAAAAGGAUUAAAGUGGGCUUUCUUGGUUCUACCGAAUUAUAAUUUGGGUCAAGGAAUGAUUGAUCUGUUCAACAACUACCAAUCAAUUGGGAUUUUUAAUAAAGCUGUUGCAAGUUGUGAAAAAUCGUUUCAUUUCGACAAAGCCACGUGUAAGAACAUAACCCUAAGUCUUGUGGGUGAUCAGUUAGAGUUUGAAACAAACUACCUGGCAUGGGCAAACCCUGGUAUCGGGCGCUACUUGGUGUUUCUUGCCCUGGAAGGUUUCGUAUUCUUUUUUAUCGUGUUGGUCAUUGAAUACGAAAUCGUUCCACGGUUUUUUCGAAAAAUUCUGUCCAGCAAGUCACGCGUCGUUUAUGUUCACAAAGAUGGAGAAGACCCUCCGCUGGAUUCUGAUGUACAAGUUGAGCAAACUAGGAUACAGAAUCAAAAUCGUGGCAAUGACGUGCUAAUGUUGAAAGACUUAACGAAGGUUUAUCGUUCCUUAUUUGGUGGAAACUUUUUAGCAGUUGACCGUAUUUCACUUGGUGUUGCGCACGGGGAAUGUUUCGGCCUGCUCGGUCAAAAUGGCGCCGGUAAAACAACAACGUUUAAAAUGCUGACCGGGGAUGAGAGCAUCACAGCAGGGUCAGCGUAUAUCGAUUCCUUCGAUGUGUCUAUAGAUACUGGAAAGAUUCGCCAAAGAAUGGGUUACUGUCCACAGUUUGACGCCCUUGUUGACUUACUAACGGGACGUGAAUUACUGACAAUGUACUCCAGAUUGCGUGGUAUUCCUGAGAAAAGUAUCCCAAGGAUUGUUGAAAAUCUUGCGAAAGCCCUCACCGUGGAUAAAUACAUUGACAAGGUUACCAAGACUUACAGUGGAGGCAACAAACGAAAAUUGAGCACAGCCAUCGCUUUAAUUGGAGAUCCUUCUUUAAUCUUUUUGGACGAACCUUCAGCUGGAAUGGACCCUGUUGCGAGAAGAAUGUUGUGGGAUGCUUUGUCAAGAGUUAUAGCGAGUGGAAAAUCCAUUGUUAUAACCUCGCACAGUAUGGAGGAAUGCGAGGCUUUGUGUACCAGGAUUGCAAUCAUGGUGAACGGUCAAUUUAAAUGUCUUGGAAGUCCACAGCAUUUGAGGACCAAGUUCGGUGAAGGCUAUACAUUGAUAUGCAGAGUCGCUGGCUUGCAGCCGGAUACACAACCUUUAAAAGACUACAUAGCAACCACAUUUCCUGGUUCGACCUUAAAAGAUGAGCACCAAGGUUAUUUACAUUAUCAAUUGAUCGCAGAAAACAAGACAUGGGCGAAUUUGUUUGGUAUAAUGGAGCAAGCGAAAAAGGAGUUCAACAUUGAGGAUUACUCUGUUAGCCAGACAACUUUAGAGCAAGUCUUCAUGAAUUUUACGAGAGCGCAAAGAGUUGUCGAAGAAUAGUUUUAAAGAGGUUCAAAUUGUUUUGAGGGUGUUUUACGAAUAAAUGACCGGCACCGAACAAACACACCAUGUGUGAUUUCUUUAUUUUUUUUUUUUUUAUCGGCAUUGUCACCACCAGUUUGUGUAAGAAUCCUUAGUCAACAUCAGAUUUUUUUUAUUUUAUUUUUGUUUUAUCGGUAUUGCCACCACCAGUUUGUGUAACAAUCCUUAGAUAGUCAACAUCAGAUUUUUUUAUUUUUUUGUUUUAUCGGCAUUGCCACCACCAUCACCAUCAUUACCACAACCUCUAGCACCACAAUCACCACCACCACAAUCACCACAUCACAAUCAUCACCGCAUCACAACCAUCAUUGUAUUACAACCAUCACUGUAUUACAACCAUCACAACCACCAUCACUACUACCACCACCACAUCACCCCCACUACAAUCACCACCACCACAACUUCCAUCUCCCUCUCCAACGCUACCACCAUCACAACCACCACUACCACUACCAUCACCACAUCGUAAUCGCCAUCGCCAUCACAUCAUCAUUUUUUUAAAAAGUGUUUUCUGUUUUUACGUGUUCUGUACUUCCUCACUAGGUUGUUUUGUAAAGCUAAAUUUCCACUCAAUGACAGAACAGGUCUGGAAUCAAAAUACAGAAUACAAAAGAAUAAUAAGCAGAAUAGCCAAUAAAAAGGAAGUAUUAUUCAUGUCCCGGUUUGUUUUAUUUUUUGAGUGGAAAUCAUGCUGAAGUAGAUGUAGUUUUUCUAAAAACAAUUUUUAGCACAAAAUUUAUUUUUACGCCAGUUAAUAUUCACAUUUUGUAUAAUUAUAUUAAAUAUUGAUAAUAUAUAAAUUAGUUCCUAUUUUUAUA